CUCUCCCUCUCUCUCACGCAAAUACGAUACGGUCCCGAGCAGCCAGCCCGUGACGAUGAGCUCGCGCUAGUGCUGCGCGCUGCCCGUUUCCUUUUGUAUUAUUGAAUGAACGGCUUUCCAGCUCUUAUGCAAUCGUUGCGCUAAUGCGGCGUUUAUGAAGCUGGAUUUCUUCUCCCAGCCGGACCCGAAGCAGCCUCAGCAUGUCCCGGUCCAGCAGGCCUGCAAUGACCCCCGCGGAGGACGAGUGCAAGCAGCGCCAGCUUCUUUCCUUCCUCUUCUACCAGGCCGUGAGGGACCACAAGCCCGUGUGGAUGCUGGAGGACAUGCGCACUAUGGAAACGUUCCACUGGGAGGACAGCGCGACGCAGCGCUCCUACACUCCAUCCGAGGCUCUGCUGUACGCCAUAGUGCAUGACCACCAGGCCUACGCGCAGUAUCUGCUCAGCCACUUCUCAGAUGGCGCCCUGGCCACGCCAGGCGAGCGCUUCUGCUGCUGUCCGUCAUCCGCGCCGCACCUGGCCAUGGCCGUCCGCUAUGACAGACGGGACAUCCUGACCCUCAUCCUGCAGGUGGCCCACCGGCUGCCCGGCUUGCGCUCCUACAUGAACAGGAGUGGGUGCUUCCAUGCAGAAGAUGGCAAAACGCCGCUGCACCUGGCCUGCGAGCUGCUGAGGUCAGAGGCAGUCCUGCUGCUGCUGGGCAGUGGCGCGUCACCCCAGGCCCGGGACCACAAUGGCAUGACCCCGCUGGACGUCAUCCUGGAGCAGCUGUGGGACUCCAAAGUCAACACAGGGGCCAAAAAGCUGUGCCUGGACAGCCUGCUGAUGUUCAUGCCCGAGGUGCGCUUCAAGAUGAAAAGCUCGCUGGAGAAGGACCCACAGUGCUGGUCCAAAGUUCUGGGCGAGGAGAAAUUCAAUUAUCUGAUAGGAAAACUCCCAGCGCCGCUGUUUCUCAUAGCUAUGCAAAGAAUCCUCUCUCAGCUGCCCCCGGAGCAGUUCCCCAACAGCCUGGACAAGCUGCCCAUACCGGCUGCUCUGAAACCUCUGCCACAGGCCUUCAAACAACAACACAGCCGCUACACUGUGGCCUAGCUUAUUUUAACAUGUUUAAAGGGGAAUUCCACCAAUUUUUUCAAGAAUUCUGCAUAAUUCAGUGUUUGAGAUGUAAACAAAGUGAUUCAGAGUGGUUUGGUGUGAAAUGGUUCAGGUUUCUUUACAGUGGUGGUGAUAGGAACCAGGAGUCGCCAUGACUACAACACAAAUAUAGACAUUUACUAACCAAAACCACCAGUGAAUAAAAUAAGUUUUAUAUGAAAAUCUGAAAAAAUUCUCAGCUCACAAUGUCCUUUAUUGUCUCUCCAUCAUAAAUCAUAAACUGAAUAGAUUUUAAAAAUAGGUUUUAUGUCAAAAGCUUAUCUCAGAAUCAUCGUAAAAAAAAGUCACAGCGUAUUUAUAACCAUUUCAUGUAAUAAGUUUCUGCGAGGGAGCUUUUAGAGGUGGACGUCUGGUUCCUAUCACCACCACUGUAAACAAUUCUGACUCAGUAAGUUUCUCUAGAAUGAAGCACUUUGCAUUAAACAGCUCUGAAUGACUUUAUUUACGUCUUAACCGCGUAGUUAUGCAGAAAAUUAGAAAAAUAUUGGUGGAAGAUAUUCUGUGCUCGUAUUUAUUCAAACUGAUGUAACUCUGGCAUGAAUUUUAGAAUUUUAUCAAUGUGCAAAUGGUGUACAUGUGGCAUGAAGUGGUUGACUGAUCAGCCGCAGUAACUCAACAUGAACUCACCUGAGCAAUAUCGUCUUCCUGGUCUCUCUUCUGUGGGGGGUGAACAAAAUAAUGGAAACAACUGAUUUUAAAAACAAGGCAUCAUGUUUUUAAAGGCAAUGCAUAUGUUCAUUAUUGAUUUUGAAAGGGCCCAUAUCUUACAUUUUUCCUGUAUCCACUUCCAGGUCCACUUCUAACAAUUGUGUGGUUUUGUGUACCAAAACAGUCUAUGUGACAUUUUCCAGCCUCUCUUUAACCCUUAGAAUGAAACAGGCUGGUUUUGUUACUGUGCCUUUAAGACUGAUAUAUGUAAAUGAGCUCUGUUCUGACUGGCUAACCUCAUUCAAAAAGCUUCCAGGCUGAAUUACUCCUUAUAACUACAGUGGGAGUGGCCAGGGCUAACCUGCUGCAGGCUGUAUAGGUGGACAUAGUCUUAUGCAAAGGUUUUGGCACCUCUGGUCAAACAACAUGUUUUGUGAUUUUCUAAGUGUGAAUAAGUUAACACACCCUCUACAGAGAACUCACUUCUGCACAUUUUAAUGCACUGAUACUAUUUAUUUGCUGCAUUUAACAUAUUGAGAGUAAUAAAUGUGGCCUGUGCAAAAGCUUGUGAACAUGCAGGCCCAGAUCUAACAGGCCCAGCAAUUAUGAGAAAAUCUAAACAGCUGUCUUGACGUGCAGUGGCCACUUUACUAGCAGCACAGCAGAACAUUUUUUGUUAUGGCCGUUAACAAUCCUGACACUCUCCAUGUCUUUCCUAUAUGUCUGCUUCAUUUUCUCCUUCAAUCAUUGCUCAGCAACCGUUGCACUACUGCCAUUACCUCGGUCAAGCUUUUAGGUUUGUAGCAGUGAACUAGUGUUCCUGUGAAUGCACUUUGAAGCUCCAGACAUUCAAAAGAUCAGACCUGAUGCUUCCACAAAGUAGAGGGUGCACAUUUCUAAAGUCAGAUAUAAAAUGUCACUCACCAGAGUUGAAGAAAAAUGUUACUUUGUCCUUGUCGGCAGUGUACUGCAUCAACAGAGAUAAGAUUAUAAAUGAAAACAUUUUACAUGCCUGCUACAUGCUUUAUCUUAGGAUGCUUGACAGUUUGAGUUGUUAAGGUACUUGCUUUUUCUCCCCAUCAUUACAUUUCAGCCGUCCGAUUUUAUGUCGUCUCUAUUGGAGUAAAAGUGUUGAAUGUGAAGGGAGGUUGUAUGCUUAAUAGGGAAAUGUUCCAUUGGUUGUUGGUAAUAUAUGCAUAAUCUUUUUAUAGUUUUGUCUUGAUUGAAAAAAAAUUAUUUAUGCGGAUGAUGUGUCUACACUGUGGUUCGUGUGCUGCCACCGUGGUGCUGCAUAGACUUUGUGUAACCUACUCUGAUAUGAUACAAAUUAAUGGACCACCCAAAAAGGUAGCCAGGUAGGGGCCCACCAGAUAUUUGUGUCCAUAGGCUGAUAAUUUGAUCCAGGCCUGGGCACACAGCAUGAUUUAUGUUUUAAGCUUUUUUCCAAUUUGUUAUACUCAAAAAAUAAUAGAUACUGUACUCUAAGAUAUAGCAGAAAACAGCAUAUUUAAGUUACCUGUAGAGGAUGUGUUACAUUAUUUUCACUUUGAGAGUUCAACAAAAUGUAAUUUGACCAGGGUUGUUCAAACUUGUAUACGACUGUAUACACAUAUGUUGAUUUUUGUGACAUAAAAAACAUUGGGUCUCAUUCAUCUGUUAUCUUUCAAAGUUUGUCUUUAAAUGUGUUCUUGAGAAAGGUCCUAAGAAAAAGUCUACGUCAGAUUCAUGAUGUGUUCUUAAACCGCAGAAUUGUUUGCGGUUUUGUUGCUUAGACUGUGUGUAGAUUCUGUUCUUAUCUACAAACAAAUCUCAAAUAAGAAAACACUGGUGAAUGUCAGAAUCUUCAUAACAACUGCCUAAGUGGUUUUAGGAAGAAAUUUCUUCCUAAGAAUACUUGGUGAAUGAGGCUCAAUGAACUUAAACAGGCUGUUUUUGCAGCUUAGUUUCAGUAUAUGGACUGUAAAGUGAAGUGGAGGGUCAAUGAAGUGGACUAUAAAUGAAGUGGAGGGUCAGUGGUGCAUUUUGAAAUUUUAACCAUGUUUACAUUCUACAAGAAACUCUUUUCAUUUCUUUAAAGUGAGGACAAAUCAGUUUCCCAUGAUAUGGGCUGUUUAAUCAUUAUAUGAACUGACUACUGAACUGAUAUUUUCUUUCAGCCAUGAUAUUGUUGGUUAAUAUUAUUAAGGGAAUCUUACAAGAAAAACAAUUUACUUUUUUAAAUGAUAUGGUAAAUCAUGGUUAAUAUAAUCAGGAAUAUAAAGUA